AUGUCAUUUUUCUUCUAUUUUAUUGUGUUUUUCUCAAUUUUCUUAUUUUUCUCGAUUUUAUUUUUCAAUUUCCUUUUUUUUUUUCUUUCUUCCUCUUUUUAUCCUUUUACUCUAUUUUCAUCUUCUGCUCACUGUCUUCUUCUCUUCUAUUUUGUCUUCAUUCAUUUUGUCUUCAUCACUAUUUUCUUUUUUCCUGUUUCUUCUCCCUUUUUAUUUUCUUCUCAAAUAAAUUCUUCUACUCUUUAUCUGUCAUCUUCUUUCGUAUUUUCUUCUUUGUUUUUUUCUAUUUUCUUCUUUCCUAUUAUCUUCUUCUUGUCGGCUGUUUCUUCUUCACUAAUUAUCUCUUCUUUUCUACGUUCAUUUUUGGGUCUAUUUUUUUCUUCUUUUCUUCUCAAUCACCCCCUCUUUCUCUUUUAUUUUCUUCUUCUUAUAUAUUUUCGUAUUCCUUUAUAUUUUUCUUCCUCUUUUUCAUCUUUCUAUUAUCCUUCUUCUUCUUCUUCUUCUUCUUCUUCUUCUUCUUCCUUAUUUUCAUGUAUUUUUAAAAGAAUUUUCCUUUAUAUUUUCGCCUGCUUUUCAAUUUUCUUAUCUUCUAUUUUAUUUUCCUCCAUUUUUUCUUCCUCGUUACUUUCUUAUUUUUCCUAUUUCUUUUUCUUUCUCUAUUUUCUUCAUAUUCUUUUUCUUCGCUUCUUUUUCCCAUAUACUUCUUUUUAUCACUGA